UUUUUGUUUUGUAUUUUAUUCCCUUUGAGAUUCUUCAAACAUCAUGGGCACUGUACUUUCUUUGAUGAGCUUAUCCUCUUCUCCCAGAGCCUCUUCUCCCAGAGCCUCUCCUUCCAGAGCCUCUUCUCCCAGAGCCUCUUCUCCCAGAGCCUCUUCUUCCAGAGCCUCUUCUCCCAGAGCCUCUUCUUCCAGAGCCUCUUCUCCCAGAGCCUCUUCUUCCAGAGCCUCUUCUCCCAGAGCCUCUUCUUCCAGAGCCUCUUCUCCCAGAGCCUCUCCUUCCAGAGCCUCUUCUCCCAGAGCCUCUUCUUCCAGAGCCUCUUCUCCCAGAGCCUCUUCUUCCAGAGCCUCUUCUCCUAGAUCCUCUUCUUCCAGAGCCUCUUCUCCCAGAGCCUCUUCUCCCAGAGCCUCUUCUCCCAGAGCCUCUUCUCCCAGAGCCUCUUCUACCAGAUCCUCUUCUCCCAGAGCCUUUUCUCCCAGAGCCUCUUCUCCCAGAGCCUCUUCUCCCAGAGCCUCUUCUUCCAGAGCCUCUCCUUCCAGAGCCUCUCCUUCCAGAGCCACUUCUUCCAGAGCCCCUUCUCCCGCAGCCUCUUCUCUCAGAGCCUCUUCUCCCAGAGCUCCUUCUCCCAGGGCCUCUUCUCCCAGAGCCUCUUCUCCCAGAGCCUCUUCUCCCAGAGCCUCUUCUUCCAGAGCCUCUUCUUCCAGAGCCUCUUCUCCCAGAGCCUCUACUCCCAGAACCUCUUCUUCCAGAACCUCUUCUUCCAGAACCUCUUCUUCCAAACUAAAACAAAAAAAAUAACAAAACAAAACAAAAAAAACAAAAACAAGCAAACAAAGCUAACCUUUUGAUGUUUCAGUUUCCU